UCCCACCCUUGGGCCACUGAGACGACGGGACAGAGGGUCGUCCCGGUCUGGCCGAGGCCCCGCCUUCACUCUCCGGCCCGCUCGCGCCUCCAGCGGAAGCCGGAAGCGACGUGGGCCGUACUACCCCCGCGGCCUGGAACUCGGUGGUCUUGGAGGCUUCGCAGGAUUGGGGAGAAGAUGGCGGAAGAGGAGUUCUCCAAUACAACUCACGAGAGUCUCAAUGUCACACUCCACACCACCCUGGGUGUCACCACAAAGCUGGUGCUCCCGACCCCUGCCAAGCCCAUCCUCCCUGUGCAGACAGGGGAGCAGGCUCAGCAGGAGGAGCAGUCCAGUGGCAUGACCAUCUUCUUCACUCUCCUUGUCCUAGCUAUCUGCAUCAUAUUGGUGCAUUUACUCAUCCGAUACAGACUGCAUUUCUUGCCGGAGAGUGUUGCUGUUGUUUCUCUUGGUAUUCUCAUGGGAGCAGUUAUAAAAAUUAUAGAGUUUAAAAAACUGGCAAAUUGGAAGGAAGAGGAAAUGUUCCGCCCAAACAUGUUUUUCCUCCUCUUGCUUCCACCUAUUAUCUUUGAGUCCGGGUACUCUUUACACAAGGGUAACUUCUUUCAAAAUAUUGGCUCUAUCACCUUGUUUGCUGUAUUUGGUACUGCGAUCUCUGCUUUUGUAGUAGGUGGUGGAAUUUAUUUUCUGGGCCAGGCUGAUGUAAUCUCUAAACUCAACAUGACAGACAGCUUUGCCUUUGGCUCCCUGAUAUCUGCUGUCGACCCGGUGGCCACUAUCGCUAUCUUCAACGCACUGCACGUGGACCCCGUGCUCAACAUGCUGGUCUUCGGAGAAAGUAUUCUCAACGACGCCGUCUCCAUUGUUCUAACCAACACAGCUGAAGGUUUAACAAGAAAAAAUAUGUCAGAUGUCAGUGGGUGGCAGACAUUUUUACAAGCCCUUGGCUACUUCCUCAAAAUGUUCUUUGGCUCUGCAGCGCUCGGCACUCUGACUGGCUUGAUUUCUGCAUUAGUGUUAAAGCACAUUGACUUGAGGAAGACGCCCUCCUUGGAGUUUGGCAUGAUGAUCAUUUUUGCCUAUCUGCCAUAUGGGCUCGCAGAAGGCAUCUCACUGUCAGGCAUCAUGGCCAUCCUGUUCUCAGGCAUCGUGAUGUCACACUACACACACCACAACCUCUCCCCGGUCACCCAGAUCCUCAUGCAGCAAACCCUCCGGACCGUGGCCUUCUUGUGCGAAACAUGUGUGUUUGCAUUUCUCGGCCUGUCCAUUUUUAGUUUCCCUCACAAGUUUGAAAUUUCCUUUGUCAUCUGGUGCAUAGUACUCGUGCUGUUCGGCCGCGCAGUGAACAUCUUCCCUCUCUCCUACCUCCUGAACUUCUUCCGGGACCAUAAGAUCACGCCGAAGAUGAUGUCCAUCAUGUGGUUCAGUGGCCUGCGGGGCGCCAUCCCCUACGCCCUGAGCCUGCACCUGGACCUGGAGCCCAUGGAGAAGCGGCAGCUCAUCGGCACCACCACCAUUGUCAUUGUGCUCUUCACCAUCCUGCUGCUGGGCGGCAGCACCAUGCCCCUCAUCCGCCUCAUGGACAUCGAGGACGCCAAGGCCCGGCGCAGGAGCAAGAAGGACGUGAACCUCAGCAAGACGGAGAAGAUGGCCCCCUGAGCCCCGGGACGCGGGAGAGCAGCUGCCCCGGCCCCGCUCCGGAAGGCCGGUCCUGUGCGCCCACCCGGCCUUCCCGUAACUGCUUGAGCGGUGGCGCUGGGGCUGUUGAGGCUCCUCACGCGGCUGGGUGGAGACCGGCGAGCCCCGUGGGCCUGGCUCGCAGCAGGGGCGUCGGGAGGGCAGACCUCCGACCCGCGGGACUCACCCUCGCGCCCACCUGCGCAGCACCGCACCGGACGUUGUCAGGAGCCCGCCAGAGCUGAAGCGCGGCCCCUUCCUUGCUGUAUCGCGCGCCUCAAUCGCGUAGUUUGAGCUUUCCUUUCCUUGCAUACUUUUGGCCUCCGCCACUUUCUUUCCGUGGAAAAAGAAAGAGGAGAGGACUUUUGCGCACACCUGGGUUGCAGCAGGAAUCUGCGAGCAGGCAUAUUGUUCUCUGACCCCAGCUCAGAAUAAUUUAUUUUGUCUCUUGAAAGUUGGGAUCUGGGCUGGGCGUGGGGGCUCACGCCUGUAAUAUCAGCACACGGGAGGCUGAGGCAGGAGGAUCGUUGCGAGUUCAAGAGCAACCUGGGCCACAAAAUGAGCCCAAGGCCAGCCCCACUGCAUAGCGAGACCCGGUCCCAAAAAGACCGAAAAACAAAGUUUGCAGUUUAAGCAAAGGAGAGUCAGGAUCUCAGUUCAGACUAUCUUGGGUCUCCAGGUCCGAAGCCUUAGCCACAUCACACCCGGCUCCCACCUUCUGUCUGAGAACUGAAAGCAACAGGACAGCUGAGAGCCAGGCCCUGUGGAGGGGCAGGGACCUUGGGACUUGUGCCAGCCUGGCUUUCGUGGGCCUUGUCUGCCCCCUACUGGCCAAGUGGGCGUCCUGCAACCUGGGAAGCAACCACAACAGGGAGACCUCGCCUCACCUUGGCAGCAAGGUGUCAUGUCUUUGGAUGAGAAUGCGGGACAGUGCUGCUGACUCCCUUUAGUGCGCCUCCAGGACGCGGGCGUGCCAGCCCUGCUGAUUGGUCAGGUUGGGGCAGGGGAACUCAUUCACCAAUUCUGCCGGGGCCUCAGGCAGUGUUUUAGGUGAGAAAAAAACGCAAUGUGGUGGCGCACACUUGUAAUCUCAGCACUCCAAGAGGCUGAGGCAGGAGGAUCACCAUGCGUUUCA